UCUGCAAUUCAGAGCAGAGCCUACUCCGUGCUCCUCCUGUGCAGCCGAGGAACCAAAAUGCCCUCAGGAUCUGCUUGGUGCCACUCUGCUUUGCUGUUGCUUCUCUCCUCUGUGCCCCUGUGGGCAGUCAAGAUUUCCUGCAGGAAUGAAGACGGGGAGGCAGUCGAUUGGUUUGCUCUCUACAAGUUGCCAAAACACGUCAAAGGAGAGAUUCCCAUGCUGGGACUGGAAUACAUGUACAUGGAUGCCCUGGCUCCGGAGUGGCAGCUUGGUAAAUACCUCAUCAAUAUGACACAGGGUGCUCUGGGACAGACACUGGAGCAGCUGUACGAGACGUACGAAUCCAAGAGGAGUAGCAUUGCAUAUGCGAUAUACAACGAUGAGGUCCCCCAAUCAGACUCCAAUGCAUCGAAAAGAGGACAUACCAAAGGAUUCCUGCUCUUGGACAAAUCACAAGGCUUUUGGGUGAUUCACAGUGUGCCCCUGUUCCCUCCAGCCCCUGAGGAUGGUUAUGUCUAUCCAGAUACGGGGGAGAACUAUGGACAGACGGCCAUCUGUUUAACCUUCAAAUACAACCAGUUCACAGAAAUAGACCAACAGAUGUUGAGUUAUAAUCCAGGAGUCUACAGCUGUUCCAUCCCCAGCAUCUUCCAAGCUGACCUCCCAAAUCUGCAGAAGCUCUGUGCUGGGUCCAGGCUGCCCUCUGUCCCCUUGCGCCACCUCUCCAAGCUCCAGUCAGCCCAGGGAGAAACCUUUCUCCACUUUGCAAAGUCACACUUUUUCAUAGAUGAUAUCUACGUGGCCUGGAUGGCUCAGGAACUGAAAGCUGAUCUGUUGGCUGAAUCCUGGCAGCAUUCCGGCCAAAAACUUCCCUCAAAUUGCUCUCUCGACUACCAUGUCUACAAUAUAAACCAAAUAGGGACACCACUGAAUUCCACCUUUAAUUCCAUUAAUGAUCAUUCCAAAUGGGCUGUUUCAAGGAACCGUGAUGAUCAGUGGACCUGCAUCGGAGACUUAAACCGUGCUGCUGAGCAAGCUUGGAGGAGUGGUGGGUUUGUCUGUACACAGAAUGAACAUAUCUACAAAGCCUUCAGGAAUUUGAUAAUCUACUAUGAAAGCUGUGCUGAAGCUUCCACGUUGAUGUAACAAACCAUCCCUCCCAAAGAGCACAGCCCCUUGUUACACAGAAAGUGUAGGAAAUGUCUCCAUUAAACUGUGUGUUCACUCUGAAAAAUGGCCCUGUGAAUUGCCAGGUGUGUCAGACCUUGCCCUUUGCUGGCUAUAAAAGCAGGCAGUUGGAGGAUGAGCUCUGGCUGAGGGGCAGGGCCAGCAGGCUCCAAGCCAUGCCCACGCCCUCCCUGUGGGGCUCCUCUCACUGUCUGCCAGGCUGGACUCUGCCGAACAGGGCUGCACCAAAGCUGUGAGUCACCCCGGGGUACACAGGCAUCCCUGGGGAACUUCUGAGUGAUGUGGGAUGGGAGGAAUGGAAACCUGCCUGGGAAGCUGAGGCGCAGGGGCUGGGCAGCUAGCAAGAGAAAAAUGCUUCGAAAUUGCCCCAUGGUCCAGGUGCUGUUGAGAUCAGUCACAGCGUUUCUGCUGAUGCUGGGGUGAACAUAAAGAGCUGACAUAAUUGGAUACAGACAGGGAGACAAGUAGAUCUGUGGACACGAAGGCUUUGUUGUUACGUGAUUAUAUUUUAGAGAAGAAAUGAGCUUUAAAUCAUCUGUAACCAAUAGCUUGGGAGUAUUUCUAGUGCUUUUAUUCACGUACAGUAAUCUUAUCAAGAAAUAAACAUGUCUAAAGUAUGAAUAAUCAAAAU